AUGAAAAGCAGAGCUAGAGGAAUCGGGAGCUGGAAUCAAAUGGGCGACCGGGGCAAUCCUCGCCAAUUGGGACCAGUGGCAGAACUGCACACGACAGUCCGGGCUAAUGUAUCGCGUAACAGGUGCUCCCGGGCAUGGAUGCUUCGCGGAACACUCCACUUCGAAUGCGGAGCCAAAGGUGGAUUUGGCUCAGCACACCGUGGACGAUUGACCUGCGUUCAUCGAACGAAGGAUCGAGCUCAGGAGAGCUAUAGGAGAAGAUCACGCUCCGGAGGCACUAGAACGAGCCUUUAUUGCAUUAUAUGA